AUGUUCACAAAAGGUACUGCUUAUAUUGAUGGACAAAAUGUUCAUCGUCGCAUAAGAUCAACACGUUAUUUAGGUUAUUGUCCACAAGAAAAUUGUAGUAUGGAUUUUCUCACUGUUCAAGAUAGUCUUUAUUUAUUAGCACGUAUACGCGGUGUUCAACCGUCACGUAUAAAAUCUAUUGUGGGAACAAUAAGUUCAUUAUUUUUACUUGACCCAUUUUUGAGUAAUUAUAUGCAUGAAUUAAGUGGUGGAACAAAAUGUCGAUUACAUACUGCUUUGGCUUUAAUUGAUAGAAAUCUAUUACAUCAAACAAGAUAA